AAAUCUCGCACCGUUCCCUCGACUCCACAACACGCCACCACAGCCUCUUCUUCCUCGGUCGCACCAGCUCAGCUUGCCUCUCGUCCAUCACACAGCUCAGUUCCCUUUGGAGAAUAAAGCCUGCAGCUUCGUAGUACUAUUGUUCUAGAAGUGUUGUCUAUUGGCUUUAGUUCUUCGACAGUUCGUUCCUUCAGUUUCCCGACAGUUAGUUCCUUGAAGAUCCAGAAUACGUUCCCGCUUCCCCUUGACAAGCCUCAGUAUACAUCAGCAAGCAAUCAUGGCAGCACUUCCAGCUGAUUUCAUACCUGCUGCGUUCAUCCCGUCGAAUAUUUCCUCUUUCACUCGUCCUUCUCUCGCCAUGGCGGCCCCUCCCGUGGCGACUGCGGCUGCUGCCGUCUGCGCCUUGUGCCCCGCGUCGGCGACCGUUCACUGCCCUGCGGACAGCGCGAAUCUCUGCGCGUCGUGCGAUCUCGCAGUGCACAGCGCAAACACCAUCGUGCACCGACACGUGCGCACCGUCCUCUGCCGCUGCUGCGCCGCCCCCACCACCGUGCAGAUCUGCGGCCUCCCCGCGUCUACUGCCGCCAUGCCGCCUUGCUUCUGCGCCUCCUGUCUGCUCCCUCUGCUCUGGCCGUCGGCGCAACUUCCCGCGACAGGACCGUGCCCACCGCUAGUAGCAAACGCUGUGAACAACCAGACUUUGCCGGCUGGGACGACUUCCGGGUCUGAGCGCCUACUGCAGGGGUUUUUAAGCGCUGGGUCGACUUUCUCGUUCUCCACCACCACCGCUGCUGCUGCUCCCCCUCUCAUGACCCAUCUCCCUCGUCCCGGGUUCGUGACGCGUAUCGGCGGUGGGCGCGUCCCGUCGGCAGUGGCCGCUGCGCAGCUUGACGAUAAUUCUCCCGUUAGCGUCCUCACGACGGAGUCUGACGUUUUCCGUCCGACGGAGCUCGAUAGCCAGCAACAGUGGCGAAAGGCCUUCCAGCAAGAGCUCGUACAUACAGUGCCGUCCCGUGGCAUGCAGCAGGGCUCGUUUCGACCAGAGGGCUUGUCUCGGCCAGAGGGUUUGUCUCAGCCAGAGGAAGCCGAGUCGUUUCGAGCCUUCGAGCAACAGUCUUGGCAGGAGCAGGACGCCCAGCAGGAGCAGCACGAUCACAGCCCGCUAACCCUCUCCCUCUUCCCUCUCGGCGCCGAGGGCGCCGCGUCUGCGGGCCGGGUGGCGCGGAGACUCUACACUGAUGUCACGGACGAGAGCAAGUCGCGCGGCUCGUGCUGCGCGGUCCCGCCGCUGAUCCCCGACGACGAGCCGCAGAGCAAGCGGCAGCGCUUGCAGGGAGGGGUUGGUGGCGACGAGUCAGCAGUAGCGCCGGCUCGCUUUUUCCCCGUUAUAAGCGCGCCUUGGACCCAGGUCAACCAGGCCGAUGCUGCAGCAGCGUAUGCUGGGGCUGGUCUCGGAAAAAGGGCAUACGAUGCGUUCGAGAAGCUGCAAUUUCCGUCAACUGCGCCGUCGAUUGCGGCGCCGGCAACGGCGGAGCCCCUCGCGGCGGCAGCAGGGGGGGCGGAGUCCGCGCGGGGAAAGCUCGGCAAGACGGCUUCCGCGCGGCUGCGCCACGUGUUGCUGACGUGGCAGUCACGGCUGGGACUGAAAGUUCCCACGGUUCGCUCGUUGGCGUUCCACAUGCUACAGCGGGUGCUGCUGCGGCUACAGCCGACGGACAUGGCGGCGGAAUCGCUUCGCGUGCUGCUGGCUGCGUGUCUGUGGGUCGCGGCUAAGAACGAGGAGAACCAGAAGAGUGUUCCGAAAGCGAAAGUGGUCGCUGCUGUAGCGAAGGUGCCUGUAUCGCGUCUGACGGCGUGUGAGAUCGAAGUGCUGAAGAUGCUGGAUUGGCAGCCGCAGAAGGGGUUCAACUACGCAAGUCAGGAGUUCUGAUCGGUUUGGAAGGGUUUGUCUGUGGAUGGAGGCCCUUCUUUCUCGGAUGGAUGAUCCUGUCAAGGUGCCAUUUUCACAUCCUUGGCAUCUCAGCUGGGAGCUAGGCCAAAAUGAGUCGGUGUCUCCUAAUCUGUUGCCUGUAACUUAGUAGCAUGUAGUCGGCUCUGCUUGCUGCAGCAGUCUAGUCUUCUAUAAUGUUCUCAUGUUUUGUCCAUCCAUACCCAGCAUGUCUUGGUUAGUAUCAUAGUAUGCAACUGAAUGGAUA